GUAGCGUUUCUUUCAACUUCAAAAUAUGAGAACUAAGAGUUCUUUGUUUACUUUGAUUUUCGUGCUGUUGCUCAACUUCCAGCUGAUUUCCGGCGAAAAGUCCUCCUGGGAGGCGCUGAAGAAAUGGGCUCUAAAUGGUGAUCAAUACCGAUUGAAUUCGGAGAGAUUCAGCAACGUGAUAUCACUACGGAUGAUAUUAACUACAAGGAAGGGCAAAUUUAAAAUACUCUCGAGCUGCACAGUCGUUAAAACUGAACUCUUUAAUAAAUGGAAGGGUCUCUUAAGUCACCCAGACUUGAGUGCAACAGCUGGCUUACUUUUCUUUGUUUUUGUUUUUUUAUUCUUCUUUAUUUUUUAUGGUGCCUGA